CCCAUAAAAUUAGAAGAGAUAAUUAGAGAGAGAAAAGAGAGAGGAGAGAGAAAGAGACAGCGACAGAGGGACAGACAGAAGGUUAGGAGAGAGAAAAGCCUCUGCAAAAGAGCUUUGACUCUCUCGUCCUCCAUGGCGGAUUCACACCUUGAAGAAUUCCUCUCUACACAGCUAUCUACUUCCCAACCACCCAUUCACUUUUUUGGUUGAUUGAAGCUCCUGACCUUCAAAACCCAUCUGGGACCUCCUCAAAUUUUCUCAUCAUACGCCAAUAUAAUCACAAAAGGAAAAUCACAGGUAAAUUUGAAGAUUUGAUCCAUGGGAAAUUGCUGUGUAACCCCUGCUGAUUCUUCUGAGAAGAAAAGAGGGAAGAAGAAGAAACCCAAUCCAUUCUCAAUUGAUUAUGGUGCAAAUCAUGGAUCUGAAAGUGGAGACAAGCUGUGUGUAUUGAAAGAUCCAACGGGUCGCAACAUUUCGCAGCGUUAUGAUCUGGGUCGUGAGCUCGGGAGAGGCGAAUUCGGGAUAACAUACUUGUGUACUGAUGUAGAGACAAAUGAAAGACUUGCCUGCAAAUCGAUAUCGAAGAAGAAGCUUAGGACAAUGGUGGACAUAGAGGAUGUGAGGAGGGAGGUUGAGAUUAUGAAGCAUUUGCCAGAGCAUCCCAAUAUUGUGACUUUGAAGGCCACUUAUGAGGAUGACAAUGCAGUUCAUAUUGUCAUGGAAUUGUGUGAGGGCGGAGAGUUGUUUGACCGUAUCGUUGCAAGGGGGCAUUACACAGAACGGGCGGCUGCAGCGGUAAUGAAGACCAUUGUGGAAGUUGUUCAGAUGUGUCACAGGAAUGGAGUGAUGCAUCGUGAUCUCAAACCAGAGAACUUCCUUUUUGCAAACAAGAAGGAAACUUCCCCCUUAAAGACGAUUGAUUUUGGGUUGUCAGUUUUCUUUAAACCUGGUGAGCACUUUAGCGAGAUAGUGGGAAGUCCUUAUUACAUGGCUCCAGAGGUUCUAAAACGCAAUUAUGGCCCAGAGAUUGAUGUAUGGAGUGCUGGAGUUAUUCUGUACAUUCUGCUUUGUGGUGUUCCGCCUUUCUGGGCAGAAACUGAACAAGGAGUAGCCCAAGCAAUUAUUCGCUCUGUUAUUGAUUUUAAGAGAGACCCAUGGCCUAAAGUUUCUGAUAAUGCUAAGGAUCUUGUGAAGAGAAUGCUUGAUCCAGACCCUAAGCAGCGGCUUACUGCUCAGCAAGUUCUUGAGCAUCCCUGGUUGCAAAAUGCAAAGAAGGCUCCAAAUGUCCCAUUGGGUGAGACUGUGAAAGCAAGGCUCAAACAGUUUUCUGUAAUGAACAAGCUCAAAAAAAGGGCUCUAAGGGUGGUGGCUGAGCAUUUGUCAGUGGAGGAAGUGGCUGGGAUAAGGGAAGCAUUUGAUAAGAUGGACACCACCAAGAGAGGCAAGAUAAACCUUGAGGAGCUUAGGGAUGGGUUGCAAAAACUUGGCCAUCAGAUCGCUGAUGCAGAUGUUAAAAUCCUAAUGGACGCUGCCGAUGUUGAUGGUGAUGGAACUCUGAAUUGUGGAGAGUUUGUAGCUGUUUCGGUUCAUCUCAGAAAGAUGGCCAAUGAUGAGCACCUACGUAAAGCUUUUGCAUUCUUUGAUCGGAAUCAAAGUGGUUAUAUAGAGAUUGAAGAGCUGCGAGAUGCCUUGAGUGAUGAAGAUGACACCAACAGUGAGGAAGUUAUCAGCGCCAUCAUGCAUGAUGUUGACACCGAUAAGGAUGGGCGUAUAAGUUAUGAGGAAUUCGCUGCAAUGAUGAAAGCUGGUACAGAUUGGAGGAAAGCAUCCAGGCAAUAUUCGCGAGAACGGUUCAACAGUCUCAGUUUGAAGUUGAUGAAGGAUGGUUCGCUAGAAACUAAUUAAGGUAGAUGAACAAGGAAAAUUUUAAGAAAACCAAUGUGAUGGAGGGAGAGAAAAAUCAGAAAGGAUAUUCCUUUUACAUAAUUUUCCUUUUUUUUUUUUUUUUUUUUCA